GAAACCCGGCCACUCUGUUCCUGUCCAGCAUUUGCUGCCCAUUAGUAAAGGCAACUGCUGAGAGCAAAAGACUAAAGAGACAUCUUUUUCCCCCUUUUUCCUUCCCAAGGACUUUUUCUCUCCCAAAACAAUUACAAACAACAUGACCUCCAAUUCCAAUUUAUCCAACAUGCGACGGCUGGUAGAACAACUGAAGCUUGAGGCCAGUGUGGAAAGAAUCAAGGUGUCCCAGGCAGCUGCAGAGCUCCAGCAGUAUUGUCUGCAGAAUGCAGGAAAAGACGCCUUGCUGGUUGGAGUCCCCACAGGCAGCAACCCUUUCAGAGAACCACGCUCUUGUGCCAUAGUGUGAAGUGGAAGACAAAGCGGAUACAAGUGGCAUCCCACUCAAAGAAGAUAUUAAUUUUGCUUUGUUUUUUUAAUAGUGUAAUAGAUUUUGAUUUCAUGUUUUUCUAAAAAAAGUUUUGUAAAUCAUCAAUUUUUUGGUGAAACACAUUAAAGCACAUCCCGUGAACAUACA